AUGUCUCUUUCCAACAAGCUCACUCUGGAUAAAGUGGACGUCAAGGGGAAGCGAGUCAUCAUGAGGGUUGACUUCAACGUCCCCAUGAAGGACAAGCAUAUCACAAACAACCAGAGGAUCAAGGCGGCCGUCCCCAGCAUCAAGCACUGCCUGGAUCACGGUGCCAAGUCGGUGGUUCUGAUGAGCCACUUGGGCCGCCCCGACGGAAACUUUGUGCCUGAGAAGUACUCGCUGGAGCCUGUCGCCGCCGAGCUCAAAACCCUGCUGGGAAAGGACGUGACCUUCCUGAAGGACUGCGUGGGCGCCGAGGUGGAGGCGGCCUGUGCUAACCCCGCCGCCGGGUCCGUCAUCCUGCUGGAGAACCUCCGCUUCCACGUGGCCGAGGAGGGGAAAGGCAAGGACUCCUCUGGAAACAAGACGAAGGCCUCCCAGGAGCAGAUCGACACCUUCCGGGCAUCUCUGUCCAAACUGGGAGACGUUUACAUCAACGACGCCUUCGGCACGGCUCACAGAGCCCACAGUUCGAUGGUGGGCGUCAACCUGCCUCAGAAGGCAGCCGGCUUCCUCAUGAAGAAGGAGCUGGACUACUUCGCCAUGGCUCUGGAGAAACCUCAGAGGCCUUUCCUGGCCAUCCUCGGAGGGGCAAAGGUGAAAGAUAAGAUCCAGCUCAUCAACAACAUGCUGGAUAAGGUGGACGAGAUGAUCAUUGGUGGCGGGAUGGCCUUCACCUUCCUCAAAGUGCUCAACAACAUGGAGAUCGGCAACUCGUUGUACGACGAGGAGGGCGCCGGCAUUGUCAAGGACCUGAUGGCCAAAGCCGAGAAGAACGGCGUCAAGAUCACGCUGCCCGUCGACUUCGUCACCGCCGACAAGUUCGACGAGAAGGCCACCACGGGCGUCGCCACCGUUGCAGCCGGCAUCCCUGCCGGUUGGAUGGGUCUGGACUGCGGCCCAGAGAGCUCCAAGGCAUACGGCGAGGCGGUGGGCAGGGCUAAGCAGAUCGUGUGGAACGGCCCGGUGGGCGUGUUCGAGUGGGACAAUUUCGCCAAGGGCACCAAGAACCUGAUGGACAAGGUGGUGGAGGUCACCAAGUCUGGCUGCGUCACAAUCAUUGGUGGGGGCGACACUGCCACCUGCUGUGCCAAGUGGAACACUGAAGACAAGGUCAGCCACGUGAGCACUGGAGGCGGCGCCAGCCUGGAACUGCUGGAAGGCAAAGUUCUGCCCGGAGUGGACGCCCUGAGCAACGUCUAA